GCCGGCCGCCAGCCCGCACUCGCACAGCGACUUCUUGCCAUGGAGCACCGCCACCGCCUGGAGCGCCGCCUACUCUGCCUUCUGGCCUGCUUCUGCUCCAGCCUGCCGGCGGCCGCGGCGCUGGAGUACUGCGGCUCGCUCAACUUCUGCCCCAGCGGGACCUUCUGCUGCUUCGACGACAGGUGCUGCAACACUACGUACGUGACGCUGGGGGCCAUAGCGGCGGCGGUGGUCCUCAUAGGCCUCAUAGCGUGCUGCUGCUGCUGCUGCUGCUGCGGCCGGAGGGCGAGGCCGGGACAGAUUUUGAUCGUGCACAACAGACCCCUCGUGGCAUCGCCCUGAACGCCGGAGUGGAGAGAACACGCAGCGGUGACGAGCGCAACGUUCUCUCGUGUAUUCUUACGAGCAACUCUGACUGCUUCUCACUCUCCGAGGUGUAAAUGAAAUGAAACUCUUGUUUUGUACAUAAAAUCUAGAGGAGUAUAUUUUGAAGUAAUUUUAAUAAAGAGAGAAAUGCCGUCAA